AUGGACGCUUUCCUGUUCGAUGAAUCGGAGAACAGCGGAGCCGGAGGUGCUAAAACUAAGAAGGAUAAGAAGGGAAAGGGGUGUUUAGUAGGAAGUGCAAGGAAGACACUUGGUGAUAUAAGUAACAUUCAGCAGAGGCAAAAUAAACAAGCUAUCCAACAUGUAAAGCUGGAAUUUGAUUCACUUACAACAAAGAAGUAUGUGGAGAAUCUGACAAAGGAAAAUACCGCACUGAUGAAACUUCUUUCAGACAGAAAUAAAACUAUUGAAUUGAGCAGAACAGAGUUACAGAACUUGAGAGCCAAUCUUGAGACAGUGCAGCAACAUAAUUCUCAACUUGCUCGUGCACACAGCCAGAUGUUAGAGGAAGUCACUUCAAGUCGAGAUAGGCUAAGGAUACUUCAACAUGCACUUGGAUGCCAAAAUGCCUUGCUCAAAGUGAGGAAAGUGGAGGAAAAGGAGAAAGCCAAACGAGUAAGAAAUCAAGCUAGGAUAAAUGUGGAGGUAGGUUCAGUUCAGUGUUUUGAGCCAGGUGAUUCCUCACAAGCUGUCAUGGACCAUUUUAAUACUAACAGGAAACGGCAACCACAAAAUCUUGCAUUGGCCCCUCCUAUUGUUGAAGCAGUCCGAAACAACGAGAAGGCUGACAACAAAAGACGCACGAGAAGGCAAUCUGCAAUCUUUGAAACUGAUGACCAGGAAACAACUGAAGACUCGUUUGAGAUUAAAGAUGACAAUAAAAGACGGUUGAGAAGGCAAUUGGCAAGUGCUAAAACUGAAGAACCACAAGCAAAUUUAGACUUGUCUGAGAGUAAAAAUGAGAACAACAGAAGUUUGAGAAGGCAAUCUGCAAGGUUUAAAACUGAAGAGCCAGAAGGAACUGAAGAAACAAAAAUUACUGAGGACUCAUCUGAGAUGAAUGAUGAUAAUUUUCUUGUCUCUCGUUUGUGUGAUGAUGUGGUUAAUGAAAGUGAGUCGACACUUUCAUUAGUGAAAUGUGAGGAUGGGGGAAGGAUCUGAAGAACAAGAAUUUCAAAGAUCAUCUAUAAGGCCACUGCGCCGAGCAGCUGAGAAGGUCAAGUCAU